AGUAAAGCUUGGACGUUAGCGGUAGUGGGUAACAUAUCAUCAUUGACUCUAUUAUUACAAAACAGUAGUGUGUCAAGAUAUUAAAGCGUUAUUUGUACUACUUUUUUUUAAAUAAGUGAUUUAUAUUUUUUCGAUUCAUCAGUGAUUGAGAAACUUUGAAUAAAAAUGAAUUUAAAUUUUGCCGCGAAGUUAGCACCACUUCAAAUAUCCCAUGAGAUUCUUUCGGGUGUACCUGAUCUACCCAAAAUCAAAACGGAACCGGAUAUUAACUACAGCAGUUUAGCACCUAUCAUUUCUUUACCAACACAUACUCAUAAUCCACCAACUUCAACAACAAAUUACAAUCCACAUCAAUCAACCGAAAUUUCCGAUCAAUCAAAAUCUUCGAAUCACUCAACAUCGACGAGUAGUCAAUCACCACAACCGUCGGCCAACAAUACUCAAACAAAACCGCCAUAUUCUUAUGUAGCUUUAAUAGCUAUGGCGAUUAACUCAACCGGUUUAAAACGUGCAACAUUAUCUGAAAUUUACGGGUACAUCACGGACAAAUUUCCUUAUUUUCAACGAAAUAAAAAAGGUUGGCAAAAUUCGAUCCGGCAUAAUUUGUCGUUGAACGAAUGUUUUAUAAAAGUACCGAGAGAGGGUGGCGGUGAACGCAAGGGAAAUUACUGGACUUUAGAUCCCCAAUACGAAGAUAUGUUCGAAAAUGGAAAUUAUAGGAGACGAAGAAGGAUGAAGAGACCUUACAGGGCUCAACCGUACACAAAGAGUUAUUUUGGGGAACCUUUACCUCAACACGGCUUACCUUUACCAAGAGGAAUUUUUACUCCAAGUUAUCCAACAUAUACACGAUAUGAUACUCCGAGUUGGAUAGCACAAACUCAAUUAGCUUAUACAAGUCCAACAGCUACUUUUAAUCAACAAAGUUACCCGUCGCCGAUGUCGUUUACUCCUUGUAUGAGACAAGAUACAACUGCGAGGUAUUGGCCGACGGAAAGUGACUAUGGAAAUUCAUUUCCCGGAUAUACGGAAAAUCAGAUAAUGUUGUGAUGAAAGGGUUUUGUAG